AUGUCCCACCUCACUUUCAUUUACAAAGUUUUCCCGAAAACACGCAUUAAGUCACUGUACUGCACAAUACUCAGUAGUCAUGUCAAUCAGGCACUAUACGAGGCCAUCUCAUUCAACACCACUCAAUCUGAUCGAGACGAUAAAUCAGAGGUAUAUACGAUGUAUGACAACAUCGAACUCAUGGUGAUCAACGAUCGUGUUCGUCCAGAGGAAUGUACAGAUCAAGAAGCGCUGUCAAUGUGGAGAAGUCAAAUCAAAUGGAGAGAACCUGGUUGGAAGGAAGUGAGAGAUGAUCCAGAGAGGUAUAGGGAGCAUUUUGAAGAUGAUGAUCAAUGUGAUUAUUACCUUUGGUUACGCCAUGGAGUAGCAAACCAGUAG